CUUGGAUCUUAUGCAUCAGACAGCAAAUUGAUGACGUGGUUCCACCGGGCCGUUGAUCACCACCACGGCAGCAGCAGGAUGGCCGACCAGAGCAGGCAAACAAAACUCGCCGCAGCCAAGAAAAAGCUCAAGGAGUUUCAGCAGAAAAGCACUCCAACCAGUGUUGGAGGAGACAAAGGAGGAGCUGGAGGAGUUUUUGGCGGUGCAGUGGCCAAGAAGAAGAGGAAAGUGAAAGGACCCAACCAGUACGAUGCGACCUCGAUUGACAGAAACUCCCCAGACAAUUAUGACAAUAUUCUCAAAGUGCUUAGUCAAAGCAAUGGAGUAGUCCUGCCUCCAUAUGGCAAAAGUCAGACUGUAGCCAACAUGGAGACCAACAUGUCCUCGGGUCCCCCUCCAACGACUGAGCUCGACGGGGGCUCACCCCUGUCAAACGCUACUACUACUAACACCACUACUAACCUUCAGAGUGUCGGAUACCACACUGACAUGCUGCAGGACUACCCUGACACCAAUGGCAAUGAGAAUUUAACAGAGGAGAAUAGACAGCUGUCAUCCACGGAGAGCCUGCGACAGCUCUCUCAGCAACUGAACGGCCUGGUCUCUGAAUCAUCUGCUGCAUACGUGAAUGGCGACAGUAUGCCGUCCAUUGGCGAGAGAGAAUUGGACAGUCGGAACCAGGAGCUGUCUGCUGCCCUGGAGUCCAGCAACUUAACAAACUCUCAGCUCAAUACCAAGCUUGACCAGCUGGCACUACAAUCUCAGGAGCUCACAGAUCAGCUGCAGAAGGAGCGAAAGGAAUUUGAGCAAAAGUUUUCCAAAGAGCAGGGAGCCAUGCGGGAGCAAUUACAGGUUCACAUUCAAACGAUUGGCAUCCUGGUCUCGGAGAAAUCUGAGCUACAAACCGCACUACAGUACACACAGCAGGCCGCCAGACAGAAAGCAGGAGAAGCAGAGGAGCUGACGAGCCGAUUGCAGUCAACAAAGCAGAGAGUGUCAGAGUUGGAGAGAACGCUGUCAUCCGUGUCCACGCAACAGAAACAGUUUGAAAAACACAACAAAGAGUUAGAAAAAGAGAGAGACGCCCUGAGGCUCGAGAUAUUUAGACAAAACAAUUUGAGCGACGAGUCCAAACAGCAGAGUUCGGAGCUGUCAGAGCAGCUCAGGCAGAGAGCGCAAGAGACUGGUGCAUUGCGGUUGGAGGUGGAGGAUCUCCGCAAGAGGCUCGAGAUCGCCGACCUCAUGUUGCAGCAGUGCUCCACCCAGUCGGAUCCCAGCAGUGCCAACCAGCAGAUCCAGUUACUGCUGGAAGAAAAGCAGCAGGUGGAAGUGCACAAUCACCAGCUGAUGGAAUCUGUUGCCCAGCUGAAGACGGAGAGGGACUGCUAUGCGGAACAGAUCCAGGAGGGCGGCCGCGUUUGGAAGGACAAAACAGAGCAGCUGCUAACACAAGUGUCACUUGUCGCCGAAGAGAGGGACAGAAAUAUCGAACGAGUCCAAGAACUUGAAGCCACAAUCACAGAGCUCAGAAAUGCAGCAGCAUUACUGUCCCGAGAGAGAGAAGACCAGAGUAUGGGAGAACCUCAGUCCUCAGGGCCUUCAGAGAGUGAAAUGGCUCUACGGGAAUCACUCAACAGUCUGCAACUGGAAAAGGACUCUCUCAAUGAACAGUACCAGUCGCAGCUGCGCGACAAUGAGCAGCUGAGUCGCCUGUGCUCCGAGCAAGAGGCGCGCCUGUCAGAUCUGGAGCAGCAGGCGGAGAGCCAAGCCCAGGAGGCCGACGACCGUCGCCGCAUGCUCGAAGACGUUCAGUCAGACAAGGCAACCAUCAGCCGCGCUCUCACGCAGAACCGAACGUUGAAGGACCAGCUUGCUGAGUUGCAGAACGGCUUUGUUCAACUGACAAAUGAGAACAUGGAGCUGACCUCCGCCAUUCAGUCAGAGCAGCAUGUUAAGAAGGAGCUGGCGCGCAGAAUGGGCGAGCUUCAAGAGCAACUGCACAAUGUGAAAGAGCAGCUGGAAGAGAAAUACAAGGAAGCUCAAGGUCUGGUCGAGCAGAGAGACCAGGUGGCGGCCCAUCUGCAGCAGUACAGCGCCGCCUACCAGGCACUGGCCUCCGAGAGAGAGCAGCUCCACCGGCAGUAUUUCACGCAGAGCCAGCUCAUGGACCGGCUGCAACAUGAUGAGUCCCAGGGCCGCGCUCAGCUGGAAGUCAGCCAGAACGAACUGAAGCGAGCGCAGGAGCAUUUGGAUCAUUUGGUGCAAGAUAACGAGCAUUUGAAGGCUGAGGUGAGGGAGCUGCUCAACAGUUCGGCUCUAGCCAUGGCGCCCAGAGAUGAAGGAGAUGGAGUGGAGAGCAAGUUGCCUCAAGAAACCAUUCCAGAGUCAUCCGCCAUCAUCGUCCCGCAAGACUUUGAGAGCCAAAAAGAAAUGGAAGAGUUCAUUCACGAUGCUUUGGCUCGUUUGGAGGCCGAGCGGGACGAGGCAAAGAGGCAGCUGAGGGAGGAGCAGCGACUCCACGCAGCAGCAAAGCACCGGGCGGCCGCAGCUCUCAGCCUGCAGCAGCACAGCCACCAUGGGCAUGACCAUGACCAUGACCAUCAUGAUCACCAUCACCAUCAUGAACACGAACACACUCAGGGCCAACACAGUCAUUGUGAACACAGUCACCAUUCAGAAGGAGAAGGAGUGCCGGUGGAAGUUCAUCAGGCGUUACAGAUGGCAAUGGAGAAGCUCCAAGAGCGCUUCACCUCACUCAUGCAGGAGAAGGCUGACCUGAAGGAGCGCGUGGAGGAGUUGGAGCACCGUUGCAUCCAGCUCUCCGGCGAGACAGACACCAUCGGAGAGUACAUUGCCCUGUACCAGAACCAAAGGGCCAUCAUGAAGCAGAAGCACCAGGAGAAGGAACAAUACAUCAGCAUGCUGGCUCAGGACAAAGAAGAGAUGAAGGCUAAGCUGGCAGAGCUGCAGGACCUGGUCAUGAGGCUGGUGGCGGAGCGGAAUGACUGGUAUGGCAAAUAUGCCAGUGUCGUCGGUGGCGUGGCUUCGGCGAACCCCGACCUUCUUCCUGUUGGCGAGGACCACCGUCACCCCGAACUCCAAGCACACGGUGACGACCUCAGUGCUGCCAGCGGAGCAGAAACCAUGGAGAUCAUUCCCCUUUCCGAGCCCACCGCUGGCCAGGAAGCACCAUCGCAUCACAGCCCGCCCCCUGCGGAGCCCAAGGAGGACGGCACGGCGCAGCAGAUCAUGCAGCUGCUGCAGGAGAUCCAGAACCCGCAGGGGCUACCGCGGCCGCCCCCAUUCAUGGGCGAGAACCCCUGCAUCCCCUUCUUCUACCGUCCCGACGAGCAGGAUGAGGUGAAGAUCCUGGUUGUGUGAAACUGCAACGCCGCUCAUCCGUCUAUUUAGCAGCAUCCAAAAUGGCCGCCGCCCCCUUUUCCGUACGCUCAAGUGCAAUAACAGGCCCUCGCAUCUCCUUACUUAUGACACAUCAGGUUUGAAUGUAUUACUUAUCAAAAAACUGGAGUGUGCGUGUUUGUAUGUGCGAAUGUGAGGCGGAGUCUGAGAGAUGACGAGCUCAUAGAAAUGAAUUGCACUAAAACGGUUUGUACAAAGCGUCAAGAUGACGGACCCUAUGACGCCUCUGCAGCCGAGGGUGCCAUUUUGAAGGAAAUAAGUAGGAUGGAUGGAAAAGUUCUAGUUACAAAUUCACUCCCAAGGAAUUUACCAAAAUAGUUUCUGUCAUCCAUCAUGACCUGAAUUGCUCAUAUUGUACCAGGCAGCCAUGAAAAUCCUUUCCCAUCAUCAAAGGAACGUUGCGCCACUUCCUUGUUCCUCCUUUUUCCUUUGGUCAUUCUGUUACUUUCCUUCCAAAUACGCCACCGUUUGACAUCCUUCUCUGACGGCAGUUGUUCAACUAUAUCAGGGGUGUCUGAACUUCAACCGGCGGCCAUUAGUAGCCUGCCGCAAUGUAAACUAUUGUGAUGGAUUGAUUUUUAGCUUGUUUAACAAAUUGAAGUUGGAGAAUUUCAAAGUGGCCCUUAGAAAUCUUCAUCCUCAAUUUGUCUCUAUGUGGUCCUCUGAGUAAAACUUGUGUGCACCCCGAGAGAGAGAGAAAAAGAGAGAGGGUGGUUUCCCUUUACGCUGUUACUUUAUGAUAGAAUGUGAGGAAGAGGGAGAGCAGUGAUCAUACAGGUUGAGUGGUGUGUGUAUAUACUGUAAGUGUGUGUAUCAUAUUGUAUAUUAUUGUGGCUGGGUGUGUGUAUGUGCAGAUGGACAUGGUUAGUGACAGACAGGCUGACAUUUAAUACAAAGAAUGAUUAAAAGAAGAGAGGAAAUAUACUAUUUAUUAUUAUUCUUAUUUGGAAUGAUUUCAUGUCUCAACCAAUCAGUUUUUGAUGUUUAAUUAGGAGUGAGUGUUGAGAAUGAAGGAAGUGACCUGAUUUGUUGGCCUUGAUUACCUCCCCCCUCCCACCCCCGCCUCUAUUGAAUAAAACUGAUUGAGCAACA